UCUUCUUAUGUGAAAAUUUUAAUAUGUUUAGGGAUUUCUUCUGAUUAAUUUAGGGUUUUUGUUUUUGUUUCUGUUUCGAUUGUGUUUAAUUUUUCCGUGUUUGUGAUUGCUGGGACUGGUAGGAGUUAGGCGGAAAGUGUAUGUGUGCGCGUUUUUCUGUUCAUAAUUUCAUAUUUCUAUGCCAUUGUUGAUCAGAAUGUGAGUUUUAGAUCGUUUUAGGGUUAAAGCCAGGUUUUUGAUAUAUUUUAUUAAGAGCUAUGUUUCUUAGCUACAUUUGUUAGGGUUCUUUUUGUACAUGAAAAUGGGAUAAUUAACUCUCUCCUGAGUUUAACUUUGCUAGGGUUGGGCAUUAUUAAGCUUUGUGAUUUUUGAUUUUAUGUCACUUGUACAUAAAAAGGUGCAAUUGAUCUGUACCUUUUUUAUUUUAGUAUGAUGAUAAUUUUGAUCUAAGCUUGUUGUGAAGCAGUCUUGUACUAUUGCUUUUCUCCAAUUUUCAUCUAGGGUUUUGGUUAUUUUACCUUGUCUGCUCAACUGUAUCAAGAUUCUUUUCCAUUUGGGCAAAUUCUAUUUUAGUAUUUUUGAAUUCUUGGUUAUUGGAAAGAAUUUGACUUUUAUGUCAAUUUCUUGAUAUUGAUUUUGGAUGCAUCUUCUGUAGUUGUAAUGGAUAGUGAAGCCAGUCUGCGACACAAGCCAGAACGUUCGAGAACGAGGUGGACGACAUCCCUUGAUAAAAUAUUUGCAGACUUGGUAGUCAAGCAGAUUCAACUGGGAAACAGGCCAAACAAUAUCUUUGAUAAGAAAACAUGGAAUAACAUACGUGACGAAUUCAAUAAGCAGACAGAUCUGAACUUCAAUAACAAUCAAUUAAGGAAGCACUUGGAUGUAUUGCGGACACGUUUCAAUAAUCUGAAGUCAGCUUUUGUUCAAAAUGACUUUGCCAUGGAUGACACUUGUUUUCUUGGAUUCGACCUAUGGGAUGACAUUGCGGCACAGGCUCGGUCUGAGACAAAAGUCAAGGACUGUCCGAUAUACGAUCAGCUAUGCACAAUAUUCAUAGAUACAUCAGCUGAUGGGAAGUACGCCCAAUCAAGUCAUUUUGAAGGUAUGGACAAAGUUGUUUGCAAUGACACAGUGGGCUGCAAUACAUCUCUGGGGGGCCAAACUACUCGAUCUGAGGAUCCUUCAUUACCAAAAGAAAAGAUGCCGAAGAAUGCAGUGGAGAGGAAAAGGAAAAGAGCUGAAUCACACUCUUUGUUAAGUCAGAGUGUAAUCAAUCAAGAAACAAUUGAAGUCAUGGGAAAAGCAAUGAUGGAGAUGGUUGCUGCUUCAAAGUUGAGGACAGUGGAACCAGAACAGAGUGAUGACAAAUUUUCUAUAACUAAUUGCAUUAAAGCCUUGGAUGCGAUGGAUGGCAUCGAUCAGCAGCUCUAUUUUGCUGCUUUGGACCUCUUUGAGGACCCCAAUUCGAGGGAAACUUUCAUUUCUCUACAAGGCAAUAAUAUAAGGCUGCCAUGGUUGCAAGGAAAGAUCAGUAAUGCUGCUGCUGCUGCUUAUAACUAGUUAGGGGAUGACCUUUUUGCUAUUUUGAAAGUGUAAUCAUCUUCUUUGCCUGGUAGUAUACUUUAGUGGGCAAGUUUAUUUAUAUCCUGCCCUUGACUGGAGGAUUUAGUAGUGGCAAUAUCAGUUAUUUAGGUAUUUGCAAUCCAUGCAGUUUUUGCAAGUAAUUGCAUGUUCUAAGAUUGACUGCGAUUUCGCCGCAUUCAGAAGUCACUUUAAAUACUUUAA